AUGGUAACAAACGGAACGCUGGUACCAGAAGAACAAGAAUUGUCAAAAAUCAUUAAUGGGAAAGUAAUAGAACCAUUUCUUAUUGGUGACCCAGCCUAUCCCCUCUCUAAACACCUUAUGAAGGACUAUCCAGGUUCUAAUCUAUCACCUGAAAAAGAGUAUUUUAACUACAGAUUAAACAGGGCACGUAUCCAAAUUGAAAGAGCUUUCGGAAAACUAAAAGGCAGAUGGAGAUGCCUUUUUAAACAAUUAGAGUGCACUCUAGAAAAUGCUGCCCACCAUGUAAUUGCUUCAUGCAUAUUACACAAUAUAUGUGAGGAGGGAGAUGCUGAAUAUUUGGAAGAAUGGGACAUUGUCACUGGUAAUGAGUUAGAGGGAAAUUUUCCAUUCCUGAAUCAAGACGAACAGACAAUAGCAGGACAAGAAGCAGAGGAAACACGGCAAUUACUCACUGAAUAUGUUUCACACAAUUAG